CACACACACACACACUCAGACAUACUGCAAACUCUCCACAGGAAACUCUGAGCCAUAAUGCGAAGGCACCUCAGAGCAGACGGGUGCAUUGCUCAAACCAAGUGGGAUACGGUGCGGCUUUGAUAGUGCGUUAAUUACUCAUGUGAUGUGAUACAGAUGUCUGGGGGCUUCAGCCGAAAGUUUGCCUGACGGUUUCCAAGGGGGCCAGGCAGACAUUUUAGAAGAGUGAUAUAUUGGGACAGUCUUUCAAUCAGAGAAAUCAAAGCACCAAAUGUGUUUCAUAAUGGGCACCCCAGCUGUGCAUAUGUUGGUGCUAAUGGCCUGUAUGGCAGCCAGAGGAAUGUGCCAGAUAAACACAGCUGAAGCAGAGAAAGACUCUCUCCCGGACUCUGUCGUCCACUCCACCCUCCAGUCUCUGGGUUUCUACAGCACCAUCAGUCCCAGUAUGGGGCCUGGACUCCACCAGUGGGCCCCAGAGGCUGAUGCACAAGCUGUGGGAUCUUCAAAUAACUCUAUCAGAAAGAGGCCUGUACGAUAUCCAAAGUGCUUGGCACCUCCCUCUAUUAAUUAUUAUUUUAAGUACAUCAACACCGUGAUUGCCAUUAAUGUGUUUGUGAUUGGCCUGGUCGGCAACGUCACCCUGCUGAGGAUUAUAUACCAGCACAAGUGCAUGAGGAACGGGCCAAACGCCCUCAUUGCCAGUCUGGCACUGGGAGACCUUCUCUACAUAAUCAUUGCUAUUCCCAUCAAUGUAUACAAGCUCCUGGCAUCACGCUGGCCUUUUUACGACAGUGUUGUUGGCCUGUGUCUGUGUAAGAUGGUGCCCUUCCUGCAGAAAUCCUCUGUAGGCAUUACCGUUCUCAACCUGUGCGCCCUCAGCGUGGACAGGUACAGGGCCGUGGCAUCGUGGAGCAGAGUUCAGGGAGUGGGCAUCCCUCUCAUUACAGGCAUUGAGAUUGUUUCUAUUUGGGUGCUGUCACUCUUCCUGGCAGUACCGGAGGCUAUCGGCUUUGACAUGAUCACCUUCAGCUACGAGAACAAAACCAUACACACCUGCAUGCUUAACCCCAAGGGUGGCUUCAUGGAGUUCUAUAGGGAUGCAAAGGACUGGUGGCUGUUUGGCUUCUACUUUUGUGUACCACUGACCUGCACAGCUGUGUUCUACACUCUGAUGACCAGUGAGAUGCUCAACCACAGGAAGGGCAGCCUUCGGAUAGCCCUCAGUGAGCACCUCAAACAGAGGAGGGAGGUGGCCAAAGUCGUCUUCUGCCUCGUCCUCAUCUUUGCCCUCUGCUGGUUCCCUCUGCACCUCAGCAGGAUCCUUAAGAAGAUGGUUUACAAUGGGACUGAUGAGGCACGCUGUGAGCUGCACAAUUUCCUCUUGGUGAUGGAUUAUCUUAGUAUUAACCUUGCAACAAUCAACUCCUGCAUAAACCCCAUUAUCCUCUACUUUGUCAGCAAGAAGUUUAAAAACUGCUUUAAGUCAUGUUUGUGCUGCUGGUGUAACUCUGACAACCAGUUGAGCAGCAUCGGACCCAUGAAUGGUACCAGUAUCCAGUGUAAAAGCCCUGAGCCCAACAACCUCCUCACCGAUCGCAGCAUGAGAAAAGACAGCGACUGAGGAAUACUUUUAAGCUUUUCCAUAUACCCAGCAGGUUUUAAAACCAAACCAAAUAAAAAGCUCACCCUAAAAUAUACACAUCAAAAACUUCUCUUUCACACAAUAAAUACACAUCCUUACAACCACUGAAGCAACAUAUGAACCCGGCAGGGAUGGAUUAGGAACUGGACUUAAAAGGAAUAAACAAUGGAUUUGGUGGACAAUGCGCUGAAGUUGCCCGAGCCUCUCAGCGGGCAAAACUUCCUAAAACAAACUCCUUGUAUUCCCACACCCACGAACAGUGAUGCUGUUGCAUGAGACAAAAAGGGGGAGAGUGGGUGAGGAGGAGGAGGAGGACUCCUUAACAGGAUGCAGCUGAACAGUGACUAUAUAUUACUCUCAAUCAGUAGCCGAGUGUGCUAUUCCUGUAAAGGGCAGCACUACUGGGAAGGAUGCACAAAGCUACAGGAAGGAAAAAGCAGACUGCAUGCUGUCAGAGGGAAUAAGAGAGAUGAGUAUGUGUUGUCCCCAGGAGUUCACCACUCAUUGAAAGGAAUGUUACUGACUCGAGCAACAAUUAAUUUUCCAUUAAACAUGCGAGGGGUUGUACAGUGUAUUUUACUCACACUCAUUAUAAAUUGAGCUACUUAGUGAUAUAAUUAGAAAAAUGUUUUGAAGUUCAUUUGCUUCAUGACUCCUACUGUUUGGCAAAAACAUUUUCUGAUUUGUCAGGAAAAGAAGGGAAACAACAGAACACAAAACAUGCAUCUCUACAUCAAUAAACAUCUAAUUUCUGCUUAAGGUGAUCAUGAGCCACAGACCUCCAAACUUAUAGCAAUGCAAAAAUUAAAGCUUUCACAACAGAAUUACGUCCGGUGUCAGAAUAAGCCAAAAUACACACACAAUCACAAGUACAGGGUUGUAGAUUUUAGAGCUGAUAAGGUACAACUCUGUAUUUCCACAUGACAUGUCAAGCAAAUUAUAAAUAUGAGGGAAUGCAUUAUGACAGGUUUGAUACCACCACAGAUUUAAAGUGGACAGGAAUUAGCCUUUUUUCUAAACACUGUGAAUUUUAGCAGAUAUAAUCAACGAUAAUUGUGACUUUUAUGCUUGUAUAACCCAUGGAAAAUAUAUAUAUAUGUCCACUUUUAAAAAGUGUUGCAGUAAUAAGUAUAAUAAGCAUUUUACUCAGACAACAUUACCUGUGUAAUGACAGAGGCAAAUGAGUUGAUGAGUUUGAUGGUGAUGGUCAUCGCUCCAAAUAUUAAAGUAAAUGGUGUGAUGUUUUGUAAAAUACGCUUAAUGGUUUUCUUUCCAAGAGUUAGAUGAGAAGAACGGUACUACUCUCAUAUCUGUACAAUAAAGAUUUAGCUACAGUCACAGAUGGUUAGCUUAGCUUAGCAUGAAGACUUGAAACAGAGGAAACAACUUGCCUGGCUCUGUCUGAAGGAAAUGUCCAGUGUUUAAGCUAAGCAGGGCAAAGAAAUCUCAUCUGACUCUUGGCAAGAAAGUAAAUAAGGGCAUUUCCCAAAACUAUUCAAAUUGUUCUUUUUAUGUGGAAAUCAUAUUCAGCUACCAAACUAAAAACUAUUUUGCCUUAUACUAUUUAACAUGUGAAUAAAUGUAAACCUGUGUAUGUGUGUGUGUGUUCGAAUGUGUGUUAGCAUUUGUGUGAGUGCUGUGUGUAUAAUUACUUGCACUUCUUUAGUUGGAGUGUUUUGCACACUCGUGUACAGAGGAAAAGGAGAUAUGUUGAUAGGGAUAUGUAGACUCCAGUAUUAUUUUACCACUAUUCAUCGAAGCAAUUUAUAAUAAUCUGUAAAAAAAAAAUAUGAAUUUCAUGUGUUUGUUGUCAUUGAUUCGACAUGUUAACCUCAUGUUAAUGCUGCUGCUUAUACCAAUAAAUCAAUUUCCAUCUCCAGUGUAA